GAACGCAACGAGUACCGUCCAACAUGGCGGCGCAGCGUCGGAAUUUAAUGCAGAGCCAUCAGAGCUGGACAGAUGACCUGCCGCUGUGUCAGAUGUGUGGGGUCGGCACAGCUACCAACUGUGUGUACGGCCCUGAUGGUAAAGGAACUCAGAGCCACCCCAACGAGGACGGACACCUCGGGUUCAGAGGCGAGGAUGGCUGCUUCCUGUACGGGGUUUUUAACGGUUACGAUGGCAGCAGAGUGGCCAGUUUUGCCUCGCAGUGUCUGACGGCUGAACUGCUGCUAGGACAGCUCAACUCCAGUCACACAGACAGCGACAUUCGCCGGAUCCUCACACAGGCCUUUGAUGUGGUGGAGAAGAGCUACUUUGAGACAAUAGAUGAUGCUCUGGCUGAGAAGGCUCACCUGUCCAACUACCUCCUACCACACAAUGAGAAUGUGUCAUUCCACCAGCUUUCUCCUCAGAGUCAGAAGGUGCAGGAGCGUCUGAAGGAGCUGGAGCAGGAGGUGUCAGGAGGAGCGACGGCUGUGGUGGCACUGAUCCUCAACAACAAGCUCUACAUCGCCAGUGUUGGUACCAACCGGGCACUGCUGUGCAAGUCCAGCAGCGACGGCCAGAACCAGGUCCUACAGAUUGGCCGACCACACAGCACUGACAAUGAAGAUGAGCUGCAGAGGCUGGCUGCACUGGGUGUAGAUUCGGCUCGUGUAAGGCAGGCAGGGCAGAUUGCUGGUCAGAGCAGCACCAGGAGGCUCGGAGACUACCGGGUUAAGUUCAACUACAAUGAAAUCGACCUUCUCAGUGCGGCCAAGACAAGGCCAAUCAUCGCAGAGCCAGAGAUUCAUGGCAGCCACUCUUUGGACAACGUGACAGGCUUCUUGUUGCUGAUGUCAGAAGGUCUUAUCAAUGCCCUUGAGUCCGCCCACGGCCCUGAACAAGCCAAUCAGGAAAUUGUUGCCAUGGUAGCAGCAGAGCUGGCCCAGCAGACCAGUCUGGAGGCAGUGGCUCAGUCGGUGGUGGAGCGCGUCAAACGGCUGCACCACGACGUCUACGUGUCCGGCCGUCAGAGGGCAACUUACUGUUCUCGGCACGAGGACAUGACCCUGCUUAUACGCACGCUCAACUAUCCGCUGGCUGACGGAGUGCUCACACCCACACAGGGUGGACGUAUCUACCCCGUGUCAGUGCCCUACUCCAACAGCCAGAGCACCAGUAAAACCAGUGUCACCCUCUCACUGGUCAUGCCCUCACAAAGUACCCUCACCAAUGGAACCAACACUGCCUCCACCCUGGAGGAAGGUACCCCCACACCAGGCAGUCAGAGCCCCACGGCCACCCUCCAGUCCACCAACACCCAGACGCAGAGCUCCAGCUCCAGCUCGGGAGAUGGCAGCCUGUUCCGCCAGCGAGGCAGCCAGGCGGCUCAGCCCGACGAGACGGGCAGGGUACCGCCGUACGUGGACUUCAGUCAGUUUUACCGCCUGUGGGGAAGUGACCACAGUGACGGCCAGAGCACCCAAGGAGGACUGGGACCCCAGUGAGGGGACGAUGAGGGUGCUCGGUGCCAGUUGGAAAGGGACAUACUCGGCUUUCUGACAGCAAGGAGGCACAUGGAUUGCAAAGGGACACAGAUUUUAAGAGGUAGUUUGGUCGACCAAUGAAAUGCUUUUAAUGUAUCAUAACUGAAACUAAGUGACCUAAAGGUGCAUGGGGACGCAUGGACAAAGGACUGAGGUCACCAGGUCUUACUGUCAGACAUCGGGUGAAACCAAUGGGCAAAGAAAAACCCUGAGACAGUGAGACACUGGUGUCACUACACACCACAAAAUGAUGUUUGUGCUUCUGUUUCAGAUGCUGGGCAUGAGUGUGAAUAUAUGUAAUCCAGACUGUAGCCAUUGUUGUCAGAUGUAAAAACAUGUAUCUGCAAACAGGGAUCUCAUCGACUUGAGAGUUUAUGGAGUUGAUAAUUAUGACUAAGGCCCUAAAAUGAAUGGAUACGUUUGAAAGUACUUUUUAAUUUGUAAUGAAAGUAUAUCUCCAAAUGACUCAGUGGGCUCUCUGGGCUUCUCUUCAUAUUAACACUUGACUGUCUCCUUCUCCAAACAAGACCAGGGACCAGAUGCAUAAAACAGUGUGCAGACUCACAACUAAAACUGUGUACAAACAAAUACAGAAGUAUGCAUACGUAUUCUUUUCGUUAAAGUUAUAAGCCACACGUACAUCUGAUUCUGUUUUAUAAAUCUCUGUCAUUGUGCAGCUGGGCUCACAUGCACAAGCCUCAUCUCCACUCUCACAGUUCACCGAAAAAUGGAUGUGUAAACGCCCUUAAACAUCAAUUUGUAUAUCGAUGCUUGGGCUCACUCUUCCACCAUCGGCAAGGUUCCCCAAUGGUGCCAGAGCAGCUCUCCUGAUGCAUCGCUGUGGAUAUUUGUAGUGUCCAAACCAAUAAUUCAUCACAUUUUUGCAAACCUUUAUCCUUGUUAAAUCUCAAUCAUUAUGAUUGUUAAACGUCAGAAGGAUGGUCAGUGAUGCAUUCAUGGAGCCUGCAAAAAUAAUACGAUCAGGAUAAAAACAACCUGAAAGUAAUGUUUUAUUAUAAUGUUACAUCUCUCACCUUAUUUUUAUGUAUACCCUAAUCAGCAGCAGCUAUCUGAGCUAAAACCACAUAUACGCCUGGUCUGAAGAAUGCAUGAGGUGCACACGUUCUCACCGCAUACUUCUUUUUUUUAUAAUGUGUAGCAAAAGGCGUAUGCAUGGUUUUUGUGUGUAUGCAUCGCUUAUACAUCUGGCCCCUUGAGGCUCUCAUUUGGUCGGUAUGACAACACCUGUGGUGACAUGUAGUCACACAGGAUGUCUUUAAAUAAUACACACCCCAGCGUUUAAUUCUAAAUGACUAUUUGUGUCUGUGGACAGGCAGCGCAGAAGAGGACCCUCUCUGCACAGCUACACUUCGAAACAAAUGAGAAUGUUUAAAAGUGGAAGCACAUUAGAGAUUUUUAUAGAAGAUAACUAAGCAAUAGGGGUUUUUUUGGAUGGAAAAUUAGCAAAUGUUUCUUACUUACCAGUAGCGGUACAGUGUGUUAGUCAGGAGCAGCAACAAGCCACCAUCUCGCCUACUUCAACAUGCAUAAUUUCCUGUGCAGGCGUGGGUUAUUUUCAAAAGCUGGAAACCAAAACUAGUAUAUAGAGAAGCACUUACAGAAUGUGAAUGCACUAAAUGACCACAGCAAUAAAAAUAACAGCAUCAAAUAUGGUAUUUUUUAAUAAAAAUCUAAAAGAGUGGGGAGACCCUAGAAAUUAAGAGUUUGUGGUCAUUGGGACCUUGUGCAAAAAGUGACUCUUCCAAGCAUGAAGGCAAGAAGGAUCAUGCUAUAUGUGCACUUUUUAAAAUGCACAAUGUCAAGGCCUCAGCAUAUGAUUUUGAUGGCAAGAAAAAUAUGACAAAAUAGCUUUUUUAAAUGGCAUGAUAGAUCGUCACUGAACAAAAAAAACAAAUCUGAAAACAAAAAGCUGAACCUGGAGGUUUUCAGAGAUCAGAAAUGAUUCAGUACUACAUAAAGCAAAACAAGCUACAGUAUGAGGACAGUGCGAGAUGUGCAGUUCUGAGAGCCAGAGUGGACCAUAGCUACUAUGUUCCACUCCUUUACUAUGAAGCGAAGUCUGCUCUGUCAACAUGACAAGGAAGCGGAUUGGAAGAGGACCUCUCUGACACCUCAGCAGCAUGACAUUGAUGGAUGGGGAGUGUGGAGACUUGAGCGCCGGCAGACUGUGUUCAUAAUGCAGUGAAGUAAAAAAUAUAAUCAACCAUCAUGUGACGGUUAGGAGCGGGGAGGGUCGACAGGAGGCGCUGAGUGAUUGUUGGAGCAAAUGAAACCAUCCAUCAAAGCCCAGCAGAGUCAUCACUUUAUGGUUGUUCUAUCCCAUGUGCUGCCUGUGCUUUGAAAUAAAAGUUUUGGUCUUUCUAA